UAUGCAGAUUGUUCGAACAACGACACGGUUUACGUUUGCCAAGGAUACAGUUUAGACUGUUGGCAAUUAAUUAACCACUUAACGGAACGUGACAAAAGCUUGAUACCCUUGUGAAGCAACCGAUGGUUCUUAUCGGUCGUAAUUUUUUAUCAUUCGUGGUUCGUGGUUAGUGCAGCCGAGCAGGAGUUCGAUAGGGACGAGUGUGUUGGCCAUAGUGGAGGAAGCAGGGGUCCAUGAUGCCCCCCAUAAUAGGGGAAACACUGCGCGUAUGGUUCCUCUCGGCGUUGGUGGUUCACGGUGCUGUCGCCGGCAAUCCAGACGCGAAACGCCUUUACGACGACUUGCUUUCUAACUAUAACAAACUAGUGCGCCCUGUUGUGAAUACCUCGGACGUACUACGUGUGUGCAUUAAAUUGAAACUUUCGCAGCUCAUCGAUGUGAACUUGAAGAAUCAGAUCAUGACGACGAAUCUGUGGGUCGAACAGUCAUGGUACGACUACAAACUGCGAUGGGAGCCGAAGGAGUACGGUGGUGUUCACAUGUUACAUGUGCCAUCCGACCACAUAUGGCGGCCCGACAUAGUCCUCUACAACAACGCGGACGGCAACUUCGAGGUGACCUUGGCCACGAAGGCCACCAUCUACCAUCAAGGAUUGGUCGAGUGGAAGCCCCCUGCCAUUUAUAAGUCAUCCUGCGAGAUCGACGUGGAGUACUUCCCAUUCGACGAGCAGACCUGUGUCCUCAAGUUCGGUUCGUGGACCUAUGACGGCUUUAAGGUCGAUCUAAGGCACAUGGACGAGAAAUCGGGAAGCAAUGUAGUGGACGUGGGAGUCGAUCUCUCCGAAUUCUACAUGUCGGUAGAAUGGGAUAUUUUAGAAGUACCUGCAGUACGAAACGAGAAAUUUUACACCUGCUGCGACGAGCCGUAUCUGGAUAUCACAUUUAAUAUAACAAUGCGAAGAAAAACACUUUUCUACACUGUGAACAUAAUCAUUCCGUGUAUGGGAAUUUCCUUUCUUACGGUACUGACGUUCUACCUACCUAGCGACAGCGGCGAAAAGGUCACGCUGUCCAUUUCCAUUCUCAUCAGCCUUCACGUGUUUUUCCUGCUGGUCGUCGAGAUCAUUCCACCUACGUCGCUGGUAGUGCCGCUGCUUGGAAAGUACCUGAUAUUUGCCAUGAUACUCGUCUCCAUAAGCAUAUGCGUGACGGUGGUUGUGCUUAAUGUUCACUUUCGAUCGCCGCAAACUCACAAAAUGGCACCUUGGGUGAAGAGGGUUUUUAUCCACAUCCUUCCUCGCCUGUUGGUUAUGCGGAGGCCCCAGUAUAAAUUCGAAACAAAUAGAUAUAGUUCUGGCAGAGUGCUAAUGAAAACAGUCGGAGGGAAGGAAAAGCCCUUCUAUUAUCCUUAUCAUCCAUCUACUCAGGAGGACAGCGAAGAACAUCUAACACCCAAACGAUUUCACAGCCGCAUGCGUGCUGCGUCGAAGGAAGACCUCUCACCUUCCAGCCUUGCUGACGGUGCAAGGUUCGGUGGAAGUUGCUUAAUCCACGGGCCACCGUUACCGCCGCUUCCUCUUCAUACAGAAUGCGAGGAUCUCUCUGUUUCUGGCGAAGCAGGAAUCGAAGAGGUGAAAAGUCCGGUACUACGAAGUCCACCAGCCUUCUCGCAUUCGCGUUGUCCUCCCGAAAUUCACAAAUCCUGCAUCUGUGUGCGUUUCAUCGCAGAGCACACCAAGAUGCUCGAAGACUCGACUAAGGUGAAAGAAGACUGGAAAUACGUGGCGAUGGUCUUGGACAGACUGUUUCUUUGGAUCUUCACUUUGGCGGUGCUGGUUGGCACAGCUGGCAUCAUCCUGCAGGCUCCCACCCUCUACGACGACCGGGUACCAAUUGAUAAAAAAUUCAGCGAAUUCGCAACCACGACGGUAGUAAACUGUCCGCCGCAAUAGUCCAUGCCCGAGCCCUGCACCGUAGAGAAAGACUAAGGACCAACACCCGGAUGUAAUUUACUACCAACCCGGAAUCCCACCCUAGUCUUAGGAACUUCCAGAUUCCACCGCUGUUCAAUAACGAAAUUACGGUAAAAGGGCUCCAUUCCCCAAAGCAAUUGCAAAGUAUACGACAAGCACCAAGUUUCACAAAGGGAGAACAAAGAAAUGAAAGGACGAAAGUUCAAGGAAAUACUAUAUGAGAUUAUCUUUCUAUAUUCCCCCUCCCACCUCCCGGUAUCGUUGUGAAAUCUGACGUUGUUCCUAAAAUAAUAAUAAUAAUAAUAAUGCAAAUUGCCACACGAGAACCGAUACGUUGGAAACGAUGCAUCGUCAAGGAGAGAAUACUUUGGAAUGUUAACGCUUUAGGUUGAGAAAAUAUAUUUGCCAGAAGCAUCGUGGAAAAAAAUUUACUCCCUGUGACUUUCCUUGUUUCGAUCGUUACGAACCUAAACAAACGAACGACUGCGACGCAAUUAUCGACCGUCUAAGAACCUGGAUUUAUUUCCUAGCUUCGUUCGAGCAUUGCCGUUGUGAAUAGAAGAAACGAUCGACUCGUCGAUACGUUGCGAACAAUUUUGGAAAGGAACUUAUAUCUACAUAGUCUGCUCAAGUAAAUCGUAAUAUGAAGCUGCCACUAUUUAAAAUCGGGUUAUCUUAAAGCAACAAGCUAAUUAACGAUACAUUGUAAUAAUAAUCUAGCUAAGCCCAUGGCGGCUCUGAUCGAACUACCGGGAUGCUCGAGUAGAUCGAACGAACAAACAGAAUGUUGGAACGUUGUUCACGGUGAAUACGAUUGGUCCCGGACUAGGGGUUACGAACAUUCACGAGUAAACUGUCGCGUGUUUUAUAUAUCCCGUUUACCCGACAUGUUAAGAGAAAUUAUUCUAGGUAUCACGAUCGUAGGUAGCUCGUUGUACGACACGAAUUUAGCGUGUAACUUUACGUAUAACCGAUUAGUUGUAAACAUUUAGGGACGUACCCGUUUGUACGAAUGUAUCUAUAAGAGAAACGGAGGAGAGGAGAGCAUUGAUUUGAAUGUAUGUGCAUUCAAAUGUCACUUGAGAUAGUUACUCGAUAUUUUGUCCUUCGAACGUUUAUCGAAAAUUACGCAAACGUAUUUUCCAUUUAUUCCUUAAUUUCGCAUUUUUAAUGGCAGGAAGCAAUUUGAGGACAGAAAUUAAAAGACUAUAUUUCAUUUGUUACGAUAAUUCGUUUUGCAUUUUUAUCGCAUUUUUGCAAACGCAUAGGAAGCAAUUUAAAGUGAGAAAUUAAAAGGGUGUAUCUCAUCUAUUAUCUACACGUUAAAUUGAACCAGAGUUAAACUUUAUCUGUAAUGUUAUACACGUAUCGUAUAUUAAUCAUGUUAAUUAUGUAAUAUACAUUUCGCAUCUAAUAGGAAUCCAAUUACUUUUUUUAAUAAAGUCAGCUACGUUUCCUUCGAUCAAUUUGAAAUAAUUGACAAUUUCUUGAAAGUCGUACAAAAUUCGAACGACUCCGUCUUUUAUGUAAACGUGUUAAUAAAAAACAGCUUUUUGUGAAAUUGCAGUAGUUCGUAUUUCAAAACACGUAUUACAAAUAAGUUCUUACAAAAUUUGUCCAACGCGUAUGGAGUUAUAAAAAUGCGAAAGUAUCUUUCUUUCAGAUAUUACUCGAACUAAAUAAUACACAUCUAAACAAGAUAAGUAUUUACGAAACUAAACAAUUCUUGAAACUUGCAUAAUUUCACGCAAAAUGGAAAAUAGGAAAACAUCGUGGACAUAAAGUAUUUCCGUUUGUUCUCUUUGGAAUAUUUAACGUAUCGUACAAUGUAUUCAUUGUCGAUAUAUCGGUAAUUAGCACGAAAUAUAACCUCUUUUUUUUUUGCACGUGGAGAAAUCCUCAUGGACACUCCGCUGCCGCUAACAGUAGCAGCAGAGUAGUGUCGGAAUUCUACCGACUAAAACUCCACGUUGGCCAUCCUACGCGUAUGACAGGGGAUGCUCCAGGAACCUCGGGUGAAUUACUUCUGUUGCAUCCCCUCCCGCGUUCUCUCUUCGAGCCAGUCCUGUAUAGCACGAAACAUAACCUAACAAUUCCCAUUUGCCGUUCGAUGGAUACCAUCUCGAGGGACAUUUCGUUGCACACAUGUUAUACUUCGCCUCUGUAAAAAUAUUGUAUUUUGUAACAAGAGUCGAAACCCGCGAGACAUUACGAUAAUAAUAACCAAUAGUUCUGUAAGAACAAGUAAAGCAUACGAAUUCUAAAGCUGAUAGAUGUAGCUCAUUGAACAACCGUUGAUGUCGUUGUUCAAUGCUGUAGUACGUGGUUGAUGUCACUGUGAGUUGUCUUCGUUCCUUUUUAUUCCGUUUCGUGUUCAUCCGUUUCUUUCACUUACAUUUUCAUUAGAUAAUUAUGCGCUAUAUACAAAUAUGUACUGUCGCAAUUAAAUGAUCGUUAGUUGCGCCUUGUGCGAGCGGACUGAUAUUCGCGAGAAUUGUAACAUAACGUCGGAGAAUCUGCGAUUCCUUGGCAAAAUUCACGAAUUACCAAUGCUCAACGAUAAUCGUUCAUUUCUAGCUUCGUUAAACUCACGACUACUUUUUCGCGAUAGAAGGGAAGAGCCUUACCCGGACAUUUUGCGACUCGACUCGGCGAAUCCCUAAUUCUUCGACGUUUCUUAAAUCAUAUUCGUAGCUGAGAGUAAUAAUUUUAACGCAUCCAAGGUACGAUGCCUUACGUCACGUUGCAUUGUAAAUACAUUUGUAGGAUGAGAAGUAUUGGUUCCGUAAAUACUGCCAUUAGAAAGCGUUGUUAGUGUGAAAGACGUUUUUGAGUCGUCGUAUUGAUAAGCUCCGCGGUUCCUCCUCAAUCGGUAGCUACUUGUAAAACACGUAUGUACGAGACUAGGCUGAUAAUGAAACAAUACUCGUCACUGUACCGUGAGAAUGAAGACAGCUGUGCGAACGAAACAGGAAAGAAAUUAAAGAGCAAUUUAUUGGCUACGAAUCAACGUGCCUAUUUUUCCAUAUAAUCGCAAGCUUUUUCAUUCCGUUAGCGAAGGAUUCUGUCGAUCUGCUUUCGAUAAAGGGACUCACAGCUGCCUUGACUUCAUCGUCGCGCUUCGAACGAACGUACCAUUCAAGAUCCUGCUCAAUGAAGAAAUGGAAAUCCGAUGUAUUUCCCCUGGUCGUAACGUUUCCCGCCGUUAAAAAUUCGAUUACUACAGGCUGCUCGAAUCUCGUUGACAUUGCAUUCAACGUUCAACGAGCGUUCAAGCUCGCCGUAAACAUAGAGGAAGCUAUGUAGCUACAAGCUGAACGUAGCCGGUGCCGUUUCCGCUGCUUUCGUCCUCCGGUUACACGCGAGCGUGCAUUAUUUAUCGACCUAGCCUCGUGCAAAAUUAAAUGAAAAUGAACAAAAAGUGGGGCAUCAAGUUCAACAUUGACCAACGCGUAAAAAUUUCAAUGUCGGAGAACAAACGAAUGGUUUCUGAUUGAUGGAGAACCGAUCUCGGAACACGUAGUGUCGGAAGACAAGUAAACGUAUUUGCUACCUGAUUGAAAAAUCGUCCAGUGAACGCCGAACGAAUGUUAGAACGAACGGGAAGUCGCAACGUCGACGUUUCGGCCGCGAUGUUCCAGAGGCCACGAUUCUCCCUUAGAGGAACGAACGAGACUUGUAAGAGGUUUACUUUGCACUAAAACGAUAGGAAAGAACGCACACAUUUUCUAUGAUAGAGUCAGUUACUUAUUUACAUGUUAACAUUGUAAUUACGCAUUAGUGCGUCGAAGCAGUUGUACCGGAUCGCAAGCUCGGCCCCGCAAAGCUACGAGUCUUAAAGUCUCACUUUGACAAUAGUAGAUUAUUCCAACGAUGAUCGGCUAUUGUUACUUUGAUAUUUUAACAGUUGUUAACCUGUCGCUGUAGUUGUUUAGUUGUUGUUGACGAUGAAGCAGAGCGGUCGAGGUAAUUGUCCAAGAGCCACGAAGGGGAAAGCUAAAAGUUCUUGAAAGCGAAAACCAGUGCGUGGUAUUUAGAUAGUAAUUAGCGGCAUAGAACAGAUAUUAUAUAUAAAUAUAUAAAUAUAUAUAUAUAUAUUAAGUCUAAGGUGUGUAAAUAAUAUGUACAUAGCUAAAGAUAACGUAAGCCAGAUAUUAUAAAGCGAUUGAGGUUUUUUUACUAUUGCAAAAAACUGGGAUCACGCGUUGCACGAAAGGGUCCCACGACGCUGUUUAAAAAUCGUUGUAACGCGACCAUGGUCGGUAGUUGAGAUUCAUUAAACGUCAUUUUGUUUGAUCAAUGACAACGAACGAGUCGACGUAAUUUCGUUUUUCUCCGUUGCUUCGUAAAGCUAAGUGUGAGUGUAAGUUCCGUGCUGUUUCUGUCUGUUCUUUCAAUGGCGUAUGCUAUACGAUCGUGUUUUGUCGUAAGAUUGUGUCAUAAUAUUAAUAUUUCAUAAGAAUGUAAACGAUUUCUGCGUUCGCGUGUGAAAUUUCAAUCGAUGUUCAACUAAUCGUUACGGAUGUAAUAUUUUCAAGUUUUUAUACACAAUUCCUCGAUCUUAAGCGAAAGAUAAAAGAGAAUCCAUUCUUCUCGUCGAUGGAGAUUCUAGACCACAGCAGUUUGUUCAAGCGUGUAAUUAUAUUCGUCGCGGUAACUUCUCUACUUUAGUUCAUUCGAUAACGAUAAUUCACGUUUAUAAUAUUUUCAUUCACGCAACAAAUACAUACAUAUAUAUAAACGUUAACGGGUCUCGUCUAACUAUAUUAACCUUAGGAUAAGAUCGCAAUGCUGCAGACGAUAACUUGCUAAGUGGAGUCAUUGGUCAUCGUGGCCUUCGCCUGGAACUAUACUCAACGUUUUUUCCAGCGGUAAAGAGUGGCGUUUUGCCGACGAAACAAGCAAGAACAACGCGGAUUCAAAUCGUUCCUCGAUGCACAAUUUAUACAGAAUUCAAUGGAAGAAGAGAAGAAACAGGAGCGUGCUUGUUGGCCCGUAUCUUGAUCGAUAUUUAAAUAAAACUGCAUAUAUUCUGAGAGCGAUCGCUAUGCGGGUGUUAGCUGAAACACGAACGGAUUUUAGUGUCGAAUCUUCGUGAAUUUCGUGUAUACUUGUUUACUGAAAUUCGCAAGAUGCUCGUGCGACCUUUGUUCGUCAAGAAUCUCUGAAAAAAGAUACAAAACAAAAUUCGAUGUCAACAAAUUACCUUGGCUUUUUAAUACCUUGUUCUUUCGCCAAGACGCUGUUACUUUUUAACGUCUUUUUCUAUGUGUUAUAAAAUUCGAACUGACAAAAUGCAAAGAUUCGGCGAUGAUAGGAAAGGGUUGAUUCGCAAAGAGUUUCGAAGAACGUUUUUCUCGAAGGCUUGGAAGCUUCUAAGUAAAAGCAUUGCGCAAAAUGCCGAGGAAUUAAUUAAAAUCAAUCGAAGCUCGUUACAUGUACCGUAACCAUCGUUAAGUAAACGGAAUAUGUAAUAAAUUUAAGAAGAUACGGAGAAAUCGAACUUAAAGCAUAUUGUACACGUAUUUUCAGCGUAACGAUAUAUUACAGUUGGAUCGCGGAUUUUUGUGCAUUUAGCAGAAAUGUGAAAUUACGAAAAUGUACAAAAUGCAUGUACCACGCGAAAAGCAAGAAGAUAUUUGAAGCGAGAAACUACUUGUUGCGAUAUUUAACAGGUGAAAUAAUAACUUUAUGUAAGUAGGUUAGAUUUUUUCAUGUUAAUAAAAAUAGAAAAUUGCAUAAAGAUCCACAGUCUAAAUGUAGUACAUCGUUUGACUUAAAAACGAUACAAUUUUUCGUAAUACCAUAAAACAGAUACAUCGAUUCUCGAUAAAUUCCACCUACAUUCUUCAUUUGUAUCUCCUACUUCGUAUGUUACAGUGCCAAGUAAACGCGCGACAAGCCUAAAUCGUAUAAUGACAAUAAACGUUGAAAAACAACCAAACAAUCAGUCAUCGUGAAAUCUGCUCUUUUCAAUUAUCUCAUUGACUCGCGAAAACUCGACACGACGUACCAAAAUGCCCAGUCAUUUAUGAUAUUCUGGGAGCGACGAAGAAGAAAAAUUCAUUUCGAGCCAAGCGAUAGGCUAACGUGGAACGAUUGAAAGGAAGAAAAGUAAUUUGUCACUUCCAGAACUGCCAGAAUUUCUCUUCUUAUCACUUCAUUAUGAGUUGACUGUCCGAGACUCAUUUAUAUCGACACCCGCGUCCCGAUCUUUGACCACUUGACACGUUUUAAUGCGUAACUUAAUAAAAGGUAGCUUAAUAAUUCCAUACUUGAGAAAUAUUAGUGACGUAGGCUAAGGAUGAGUAAGGAUAUGGUUACAUUAUAACGAUAAUUAUAGUAAACGAAUGUACUGUAUAGCGAUAGUGCUAUUUAAAAUGAGAAAAAUAACGAGCAGAAAAAAAAAAUAAGGGAGAAAAUUAUCCGAGUAUUGACUACUAUCGUUAGAUACAACUACUAUGUAUAUCGUUUGUUAAAUAUGUACCUAUAAAUUAUUGACGACCGUUGUUCUAAGACUACACGAUGUAAGGACGAGAUUCUUGUUGCUUGGUUUUGUAAUCAUGCUUGAUAAAAGCAUUCGAAGAAUAAAACUUGUUGUCGUAGAAA